AUGAUCAUACUACUGAACUUUUUGAUCAACAAGCAAACAUUCGAUCAACAAUAUGCAAGUAUAUAUUAUCUUCGACUUACAACACUACGUGAAACGAUAUUAAAUGCAGCAAAAGAAAGAUGGUCUAGCUUAUCUGAGGUUCCACGGUAUGUUGCAAAAGUCUUGGAUACACAGCCUGAUGAAUUAUGUUAUAUGAUUGGAACUGUUUAUAUACACAUGGUUAAAAAACCAAACAUAUUAAAUGACUUGGAAGAUGAGGAGGCAAUCAUUAGACCAACGGUACCAGCAAAAUACAAAAGUGAAGAGGAUGUUUUCUCGAUUGAAGAUGAAACUGGUCGCGUGGAAAUAACAGGAGCUUGCUUGAAUAAAGAAUUCUUGGUAACAGGCAUGAUUGUUGGUAUCCUUGGUAAAGAAGUGGCAACUGGUACAUUUGAAGUCAUCGAUGUCUGUUUACCCGGCAUACCAGAUCAAUCACCUUUAAAUUCUUUACAAGUAUCUGAAAAGCCUAAAUAUGUUGCACUUUUAUCUGGACUGAAUAUUGGAAGCGAUACAUGUUCAGAAAUACAGACGCAAUUACUGCAAGAAUUCCUCGUGGGAGAGCUAGAAAGCGAUCUUAGUCCGUUCAUCACAAGGGUUAUCCUGGCUGGUAAUUCAAUAAGUAAGCCGAAGCAAACUAAAGGCACAGAUAGAUUUAAAAGAUAUGUACAUGAUUCAUCCACGUUUGACGCUUCAGCAGUGACACAAUUAGAUGAAUUUCUAGAAGAAGUAUGUAGUGCAGUCGAUCUUGAUAUUAUGCCAGGGCAGACCGACCCCGCACAAGUCCAUUUGCCGCAACAACGCAUGCAUCCUGCCAUGUUUAGACAAUCUCAUAAGCUAUCCACCUUUCAUAGUGUAUCCAACCCUUAUUGGUGUGAAAUAGAUAAUGUGAAAUUACUGGGUACUUCGGGCCAAAAUGUAGACGAUAUUUAUAGAUAUGUAGACAGUGAGGAUCGAAUGAAGAUGGCCGAAUCAUGCCUCUACUGGCGACAUAUGGCACCGUCUUGUCCUGAUACGCUUUGGUCUUAUCCUUUCCAAGAUCUGGAUCCAUUCAUUAUUAAAGAAUGUCCACAUGUUUAUUUUAUAGGUAAUCAACCAGAAUAUGAAGACAACUUAUUACUGGGCCCCAAAGGACAAAAGAUUAGAGUCAUCCUCGUACCUUCCUUUUCUGAGACUGGUAUCGUUGUAUUAGUGAAUUUAUCUACCUUGGAAUGUCAUACUGUAAAUAUUAGUAACCAUGGUAAAGUAAAGAGUAGUGAUCCAAUGGAUCAAUCUUUAUAA